AUGGCUGCUAACUCCAACGAUCAAAACAAAAAUAGCUUUAACAAACAAAUAAGAUUUUUGCAAAGUAAUCUAGACCGCAGUUACAACUCCACACAUGAGUACCUUCAAUACUUCACAGCCAAUAAAUAUGACAUCGGACUAAUCGCUGAGCCUUAUACGUCGAACACAGGCUCCAUCAAAACCACACCCGGCAUAAAUACCUAUCAAUUUAACACCACAGGCAGAGUCAAGGCUGCAGUCCUUGUCAGGGCGGACCUCGGAGCCACUGUUGGAAUCACCAACUAUUCUUCAUCUAACCUGUCAAUAAUUUACCUCUCAUCUAAAAAAUUUAACCUAUAUAUAGUCAGUAUUUACAUAGAGCCCAAAACAGACGCAGAUGGCACGCUCGAUAAACUUGACUUGUUCCUUAAACAUCAUCCACACUCCAAGGUGGUAAUAGGAGGUGAUUUUAAUGGAUGGCACCAACAAUGGGGAUCGAUUAAAAAUAAUAAACGCGGAAACGACAUCAUGCGUCUGAUCGCCUCAAAUGAUCUUACACUUAGCAACACCGGAAGCGCUCCAACUUUUGAAGCAGUUACCCAUGGCACACUCAGAACCUCAAUAAUAGACCUUACAAUAACCACCGCAAACAUAGCAGAUCUAAUACACAGUUGGGCAGUUAACCCAGAUGCCUGCAUCACAUCCCAGCACAACGCCAUCGACUUUAUAAUAGAACUUAGAAGCAAUAAAAUAAUCAAAAGGAAGAAACAAUCCACUUUCAAGUACACAACUAAAAAUGCCGACUGGGAUAAAUUUAACACCGAACUGAAGCAACUAGUGUCACCUGAAACAGGCGCGCAUACAAGAAAAAUUCUACCAACCACCGACGCAAUAGCUCAACUGAAUCAAGCUAUCAAGCCCAGCUUCCACCUUACGCAAUUUUUAACUGGCCAUGGGUUCCAUUUACAAUAUUUGCACAAAUUUAAAAUAAAAACAACAGACAAGUGCCCCUGUAACAAUGACGACAUUCAAUCAAUAGACCAUAUUUUGAAACACUGCCCGAAAUACAUGAACCCAAGACACACCCACGAAAGCAUCUGCAGAGAAAACAGCACCGAUCCUUAUGACCUAGUUAGAGUAAUUAAAAACCCAGCCUGCCUCCAAUCGUUCCUCAAAUUUGUUGAAAUCAUAUUUACCACGCUUAAAGAAUAUAAUAAGGACGUUCAU